CAAAGAACCGGCGGUGGUCCUCCCCUGAAAACGUCACCUUACAGCGACAUUAUUGUCACUAUUUUUGGGGAGGAUUCACCAGCCUUCGUCGGGGUGGACAGCGGCUGUCCUCAACCGCCGGAGCCGUUGGAUGAAGACUUGGCAAGUGCCCAAUCAGCGUUGAGCUUGACCCGACUUCACUGGCAGAGAGACGGAGAGGACAGAACAGAAAUGGAGGAACAAAACCUGAUAGUCGCAGUGUGCAGCCGUCCUGUCCUGUACGACACCACGAUGGUGUCGUACAGGACAGGAACAAAAAAGAGAGGGCGUGGGUCGACGUCGCCGAGGAUACUGGCUUUCCUGACCAGCCCAGCAGUGAGUCACACCCAGAGGACGCUGAUGCUGCCCCUGCCCCUGCCCCUGCCCCUGCCCCUGCCCCUGCCCCUGCCCCUGCCCCUGCCCCUGCCCCUGCCCCUGCUCCUGCUCCUGCUCCUGCUCCUGUCCCUGCCCCUGCCCCUGCCCCUGCCCCUGUCCCUGUCCCUGCCCCUGUCCCUGUCCCUGCCCCUGUCCCUGCCGCUGGCCCUUCCCGUGCCCCUGCUCCUGCCCCUGCCCCUGCCCCUGCCCCUGCCCCUGCCCCUGCCCCUGCCCCUGUCCCUGCCCCUGUCCCUGCCCCUGUCCCUGCCGCUGGCCCUUCCUGUGUACCUGUCCCUGAGGCUGGCCCUGCCCCAAGACCACAGAGCGGGACGAAGAGGAAGAGAGCCAGGGUACCAGAGGGGAACACAAAUAUACAGACAGCCAUCCUCCAGGCCCUGCAGAGGCAAAAUGCUGUGCCUACCCCUACCCCGCUCUCUGGGAAUGAGCACUUUGUCAUGGGCCUAGUUCCUUCCCUGGAGAGAUUGCCACCUGAAGUACUGGAGUACGUUAAAUUCCAAAUUCGUAAGGUCAUAUUUGACAAUUCUAAUUUCACCCUUAAUUUGGAACCUGUUUAAGCUUAUUAGCUAGUGGUGGUGACAAUCUCUCCAGGGAAAGAACUAGGCUGAUGUCACUGUUAACUGUUCAUUUGUUAUUGUUCUGUUAUGUUUAUAUUAUAUUGUUCUUAUGUUAUUUUUAUUAUUUCUAUUUUUAUAAUUAUUUUUGAAAUAAAAUAUUUCUCACAA